AAAACAAUUGCUUGGUGGCAAUUAGGUGCGACUCAAAAUGACAAGGGAAAAAUAGUGUGAAAUAUCAAUGAUUUACCAAAAUUGUUUGUCAGUUAAUUAGGAAGUGAAGAGAGAAAGAAUUCUCGAAAAAAAUCGAGGAACGGAGAAAGCUCGAGAAAAAAGAAGGAAAAAUGACAUGAGGUGAAAGAAAGAAAAAGAAAACCAGCGGAAGAGAGUAAAAAGAAGGUGUGAGAGGGAAAAUGGAAAAGAGCAGGUAAGAAUAGUAAACGAGAGAAAGAGUGAGAAAGAAAGAGGUGGAAGUGUAUGUGUAUAUGUACGUGUGCGUGUGUAUGUGUAUGUGUGAGUGUGAGACAGAGAGAGAUAUGGUAAGAGAGAGAGAGAUAUGGUGAGAGAGAAUGAGGGCGAGUUAGUAGAAGAGAAAAGGUGAAGGUAAGAGUGAGCGAGCAGGAGAAAAAGAAGAAAGACAGGUGAGCAAUGUAUAGGAGGAAAGGAAAGUGAAGUGCGAGGGUUAGUGUGAUGACUAUGAGAAAAUGUGCGAUUGGCUAAACAAAAGUACUGAACAAAGAAAAACGAAAACUAACCAAUGAGAAGUUACUUCAAUGGAGAUCAAGUGAAGCUUGCAGCAUAUCUUUGUGUCAGUCUUGCUCCAGGUGGAAGAUCAUACGUAUGCAACAGGUAGCAAUUUUUAAAACGGAAAAUAACAGGGAAGGAUUACAUUUUAUGAGGAAAAAUAUAAACAACUGACUGUUUUCUACGAGACAUUUCUCACGCAAGAUGUCGGAGUGUCCAUCUUCAGAAUGUGGGACGCUGAGCGAGGAGAAAGUGCAAAGAGCUUUGGUUAUGCUGAAUAUUGAAUUUAGCGAAACACUUUCAAAGCAAGAUAAGUGUAAACUUCUUCAAGACAACAUCAUGAACACAGACAAUUUACCAAUCAUGUUUGAUAUUAUGGAUGUGUUGUCGGUAUCGAGUAAGGGAGCAGCAACAGUUCAAGAGAUGAGAGAAAGAAUAAAUAUUCAACUGAUGUCAAAAGAAAGUUGCGCAAAUGACGAGAUGAAGAGUCUUGUCGCAGCCAAAUCAGAAUUCAAAAGAAACAAGGAAAAGUUAAGCAAACUCUAUGAGAAAUAUAUUGAUAUAUUGAACACUACCUUCCCGUGUAUGAUAAAUCACCUUACCUCCGAAGAUAUCAUAGCAAAUGCUGCCAAAAACAUCCAAGAAACACAGAACGCAUUAAACGAUACUCAAUGCACCAUUAUUUUUACAGGUGAAACUGGAGCUGGUAAAAGUACCCUGUUAAAUGUUAUAUUAAGAGAUUCGGUGUUACCCCAUCAUGCAAUUAGUUGCACAUCCACUAUCUGUAUGAUCAAGUACGGAGAAAAAAGACAUAUGAAAGUCAGAUAUAAUAAUGGUCAAGUGAAAGAAUUUGAUAUUGAAGACAACGAAGAAUCACGAACAAAAAUAGAGGACGCUUUGUUUCAACGAGCCGACCGUGAAAAAGGUUCUGAUAUCAGAUCUGUUGAAUUACAACUUCCCAGUCAAAUUUUAAAUUGUGGUUUGAUUUUUGUUGAUACUCCUGGAAUUGGGGAAAACGAUGCAAUGGAAGAAAUUCUUACGAAUUUUAUACGAGAGCAUCAGAUUCAAGGGUUUAUAUAUGUCGUAAAAGUCGAUGGAGCAGCCGGUGGAAUCCAAGAAGACAGGAUUUUGAAACUAAUGAAAAUUGUAAUUGAGAAACAGAAUUACUCAAAAUCAAACCAUACAGAAACGUGUUUGUACGACACGGCAACAACAUUGUUUGUCUUUAAUCGCUGGGACUUAGUGUCUGAUGAAGACAAGAUACAUGUGCGGGAUUACGUUGAAAAACGACUGAAGAAAUGCUCUCCAAACAUAGAUGACAAUGAAAUUAUGUUCAUGUCAGCGACAUCUGUGAUGCGGCAGUUAGAAAACGGCUUUGUUACUACACCUUACACAGAACUUAUUAAAGGGAUCAGGCAAAUGAUGGAGAAAACCGCAUUCAUUAUUUUAAAACGAUUCUACAGGUGGCUAAAUUACAUGGUUUCUAGGAGUCUGCAUCAUUACAAGACGUUAUUCAGUGGAGCUGACUUCUCUGAAUAUCAGCUGAAACAAAAGUUUCGGGAAACUGAGAGGAAAUUGAAUAUUUUAGAGGCAAAUUCUAAAGAGAUCUUUCAGGAAUUACGUAAGAAUAUCGAUGAUAAAGAGGCAGAGUUGAACGAGAAUUUAUCAGAAUACCUUCAGUCCGAAAUGAUAUGGGCUGAAAUAACUAAUUUGACUGAAUCAGAAAUGGAAUUCGCAAGACAAAUGCAGAACUUUGAUUCGGUCGUAUCCAACUUAUACAACACAAAGAUUAUCGAUGCUAUCUCUGAAUAUACUCCAAUAAAUCAAGAAAUUAAUCAACUCAAGGACAAAUUGAUGCUGACAAUCAAGAAGAAGACAUUCCUUCUCCAAGAGGAACUAAGUAUUAUUGAACUGGAAAUGGAUUCCAAGGACAUGGGGAUACUAAAUGUUAACAAUCGACGUGGUAGCAACUUCAGUAUUUGCAGUUGGCAUCUUCCCAUGGCGCCUCCUAAAAUUCCUUCUACAGUAUUGGGUAAAUUGGCUUUGUCCGCGAAAAGACUGUUGACGAAGCAUAACAGCAAAAAUGCUUUACGGAAACAAGUUCAAAGAGGAAGCAAGGAUGCAUUGGAUAGUUUUAUACGGGAAAAUAACUAUAUAGCUUGUCAGCUUGAACCGAUACGAAAUUAUUUGGAAAAGGCUGAGGUGUGUAUACCGAAGCUUAUUGAAAGCAAUAAAAGUUUCAUCGCAGAAUUAAAAGAGAAUCAUUUGAAACAUAAACUAGAGAAAGAAAAGUACAUAGAAGCACUGAAUAAAAUAUUAGAACUUCAGGAUGAAAUUGCCCAUUUUGGUUACCAGAAUACUUUCAAUCAAAAGAAAGCACUUGAAAAAUUGAUAAACAUCCAAAGUUUAGCUCCGUCAUUUACAAAUUCUAUUGGAGAUUCUGGAAUUGUUGUUGAUACUAAUCGGCGUGUGCCGCAGAGUUUGUUUGCAGAAAUGAUUCCGGCAGCUUUAUGUGACACUGAAAUUACAAUCCGGAAAUACUUUAGGCACCUUGAAAUUCCGAGUCUCUAUUCUGAAAUAGAAAAACUUUCAUACCUGCACCACGAAUCCCUUGCAAAAGUCAUACAAGCUAUGAAAGGAGACGAACCAGUUCCAGUUAUUUUGUUUGAUGAACGUUUAUUCCCGCUCAGAUGGCGAACUAACAAUAUUACUCAACGAAAGCGGAUACCUGUUGAGUCUUACAGUGUCUUCAUCAGAAAUAUAGCUUCCGGGCUAGUUUACAUUCACUCCCACGGGCUCGUCCAUCCUGAAGUAUCUUUGGACAGUGUCAUGGUUAAUUGGCACCAACAAGUGAAACUUACCGGAAUGGCAUUACCACGUAAACUGACAAUUGUAGAUUCGGACCAACCGAUUCAGGAUAUGGUGUAUCUCGCACCAGAAGUUCUAAGAGGUGGAAUAUACGAAUCACCAGCAGAUGUGUUCGGUUUUGGUCUCUUGAUUUGUGAAUUGUACAUAAAAAAGAGGGCAUUUGGAGACAAAACUAGAUUAUCCAUUUCCAGGUUUCUUAACGAGGUUGAUGCUACUAAUGUGGAAUAUUUUGAACUCAUUCCUGAUAACUUAAAGGGGAUAGUGCCAAAAAUGCUCUCAAGUUCACCGUCUGAAAGACUCACAUCUAGUAAUAUUUGGAGAACUCUUGAAAUCUAAUCUGUUCUUGGCUACUAUCAUUACAAAAUUACAGCACAUUUAUGUACACAGACGCGUAUUUAAUGUACAUAGACAUUUCAAAAGUAAAUAGACACAAUCAAUUUUGAAAGAUUUAUUUCUAAAAACAAAAUAGUGUCGUUUGAUGCAUUGAAAUACUUAAUCAAGUAUUUAUUAGACAUGUUUUGUGCAGUUUUUAAAUAAUUUACGAAUCGUACUUAUGAACAGCGUCUGCACAGAUAAAACGGUAUAUUGAGGGUCGUCUAUUUACUUUUGAGAUGUCUGUACACACACACACACAUAUAUAUAUAUAUAUAUGCAUGUGUGUGCAUGCAUAAACGAAAAAUAGCAUAUACAUACAUAGACACACUGACGUAGUAUACAGAUAUAUUUGUGUGUGUUAUCUAAUGAAAACAGAAUUGUGUAAAACAGAGAAAUAUCUCGAGAAGUUGACAAUCAUUAUGUAUAUAUAUAUAUAUAUAUAUAUAUAUAAUCGUGCGUGUGUUUGUGUGUGUGUAUAUGUGAAUGUGUAUGUUUAUAGUGAAUGUGAUUGUCAUACGAUGAUUCGAAGAAAGAAGCCACGUCAUAAAAGAACAGAAGCGACCCUAUUGUUAAUUUUAAAAAUAUAUAAUUCCGAAACUUGUUCGGUUUAUAUGACGUUGGGUAGACUACAUAAUACCAGGAAAAGUAUAUAUCUUUGUCGGACUGUCUUUUCAUAAUGUGGACUGUGUGUGUCAUCUUUUAUACCAGAAAAUUUUCGGAUAGCUAUUUUCGGAUGCAUAGUUAAACAAGUGAUCUGUAAGUGCCUUUAACGAUUUAAUGCACAUAAACUUUGCUGCUGUUAAACUAUAUGAAUAGUGAUAUUUGAAGUUACUUUUGUAACUUUUUAAACCCAAGAUUGGCUAUUUAUUUAUGCUGUAAUUAAUAAACUUGAUUCGUUCAUGCACAAAAAUACAAAAUACAGUCACACACACCCAUAUACAUACACAUAUACACGCACACAUACACACGCACACACACACACACACCAACCAAACCCAGGAAUAUUCCUACAAUAUUAACAUUCUGCUCAAUAUAUAUAUUUGUGUAUGUGUGUGCGUGCGUGUAUGUGUGUAUGUGUGUACGUGUGUGUGUGUAUGUGCGUGUGCGUGUGUGUGUAAGUGUGAGUGUGUAUAUAUAUAUUUACUGUUUUAGUAGCUUAUACUCGAGGGCCGUGACGAUGGUAGGAUGUAUAUAUGUAUAUAAUGAGGGCUUCAAUUCAGGAAAUUGAAUUAGACAAAAUAUAGAGGUUUCAGUAAUAAUGGGCAGCGGACUGAAUAGAGGAAAACAGGAAAUCCUUGAGGCCAUGCAAUACGCUGUCAAAACAUCUUGAUUAUCAUUUCUAGUUCGCUUUCUUUUCUAAUGGUCCAUGUAUUAUAGAUAUUAACACUAACUUGUCUACACACUGUACAUCCAGGUCAUUUUAAAUUACACAAAAUAACAUGCAAUACUCUAUAAGGUUUAUGACCGCUUCAUUAAUAAUCUGACUGGUUCAGCGCAUCCGGCCUCAAACACGCCUUCCUUCCAUACAUCAACCCAAGUAACUUAACGCAUUCAGAAAACUUGUAGUUAAUCAACAACGGUUAUAACAUAGGUUUUCUUAAUCUGUGUGUUUGAGGCUAAUGAUCAAAACAGUGAACAAUAGUAAUUUAUAAAAUAAUUAUUAAACAUAUAUAAUUUGUGAUAUUCUUUCUUUUGAUAAUAAAAAUUCUACGGAAAUGUC